AUGAUGAUGAUGCCGAUUAUGGCAUUUUGUGUGCUAUGGGCGACACAACUGAACAAGUCGCCCAUAGUUCAUGGGGCCAAUUAUGCAGUGCCGCUAUCGUGGGCCCAUGUCCACAACUUGGUCUUGGUACCCAACUCGGUUCGUCUUUCUUCCCCUCCCCUAUUUGACUCAUCCAACCGGGACGUGGGCCCGCUGCAUGGGCAACCUUCUGCCGCUAAGGCAGCACGAAGAUGUGAAAACACGAAGCCCGGGGCUGACGCAUACAAGCAUACAGGCGCAGUGACAAUUAGUCAUCGGCUGGCCGAUACAUGCUCGCACGACCCCUGGACUGGGCACAGGCUUGAGAUACAGUGA